UCUCGCCUAGGCUUAUCUAAGCCUCCACAAGUCUUGAUAGGGAAGACUAGGUCGCUUUCACUCUUUACCAGAAACCCUUCAAGCAGUCCCAUUCUCACACUGACGAGGAUCGAGACAGAAUUUGCCGAGUAAUUUUCGAAUCCCGACCCCAAGGAUUCAAAUGCGAGGCAUAUGCUUGGCUUCCUCCCAAGUUCAAGGGCUCACGCUGUUAACCGAGGCUUUAGCGCUAGGCUAGCAAGUCGGCUUUUGGAAAUUCUAGCCUUGGCCUGGCUGGCUGCUUAUCAUAUCAUUUUCUACCUAUUACAUAACCACCAGGUUCCUGAGGCAACCUUCAAUCAAGCUUGACAUUUCCCCAACCUACCCGCGAAGACGGAGCAACUGCACGCCCAAGGGAGAACCGGACCAUAAUGUCUUCCUACCUAGAGCGGCAGCGCGAGGCCUUCACAGGUGGGCUCUCGGCGGCGGCUUCCAAGAUCGGCGGCAGCGGCAGCGGCAGCGGCACCACGUCGAAGCGGCCGAACGCUCCCCCUUCCCCCUCGCCGUCCAUCACCUCAAGCACAUCGGCGGCGGCCGGUGCGACGCCGACCAAGAGGGAGCGCGAUGGCCCGACGGUGGUGUACUCGCAGCCGGUCAACACCAGCGCGGGCACAACGCUCCUGGCGCAGGUGACGUACGUGAUCGACUGGCUGAAGCAGAAGGACGAGCCCAAGACGAUGCAGGAGAUCCUCGAGUACGUGUCGGCGCGCAACAAGUCGGCCGAGGAGCAGGAGGAGUUUGCGCGGUCGGUGCGCAACAGCCCGCGCAUCCAGUGGAGCCCCGACGCGGCCCUGAGCGAGCAGACGUGGCGCAGCGGCACCUACACGCACCGGCCCGUGAUCCCCAACGUCAAGACUAAGACGCAGCUGCUGGGGUACCUGCAGAGGCGGGUCGACAUGCGCGGCGUGCCGGUCAAGGACCUCAAGGACGGCUGGCCCGCCUGCGAGGCGGCCGUCGACGAGCUCGAGAAGCAGAACCGCGUGCUGGUGCUGCGGUGGAAGAAGGACAACCACCCGCGGACCGUGUGGAUCGACGACCCGACCCUGGUCCACCACGUUGACCCGGAGUUCCGCUCCCUGUGGCACAAGGUCGAGGUCCCCAGCCUCGACAACAUUGUGCAGCGCCUCAACGCCGUCGGCCAGAAGCCUACUAGCGAGGACCCCCGCCUCAAGGUCAUCGCCGCGCCAAAGGUCGAGAAGAAGAAGAGGGCCGCCAGGAGGACGGGCAAGUCGACCAACACCCACAUGGAGCACCUCCUCAAGGAUUACAGCCAUCUCAAGCGGUGAAGGACCUCCGUUCCUCGGACCGCGUCCACGUCCACCGGAAGAAGGCUUGCAAGGGGUUCGUUCAUUCGGCUCUACUGCAGUGGUCAUUAUAUCUAUACACACACCCUAUAGCGUCGCAGAUUGCUACGAAAGGGAAAGAAAGAGAGAGAAAACAAUAAUGAAAUGGCCUAGAUUACGAAGAAGGAAAGCGGACGGCACAAAGGAGUUAACGGAGUCUGGCGUUCAAGUUGCAGGAAUAAAUUCCAGGUUGCCCAAUAGCGAAUUCAAAUUUUGACGUAUUGAAAUUGGAACCGUCCAGCGUGUACCGUACCUAGCCAUAGAAAAUACUACAGUGGUUAACGAAUUCAA